CUGCCUCUCGCUCUUUCUCUCGCACGGUCCCACUCUGCAGACUCAGUGCCUUACUCAGUCUUCUCUGUCGCUCUCUCCGCUGCUGUAGCUAGACUCCGCCUGCCUUCGCUGCUCGCUCAGCAUCUGCACAUCCCUACAAUGGCUAAAACAGCAAUGGCCUACAAGGAAAAAAUGAAGGAGCUCUCCAUGCUGUCACUGAUCUGCUCUUGCUUUUACCCAGAACCUCGCAACAUCAACAUCUACACUUACGAUGAUAUGGAAGUGAAGCAAAUCAACAAGCGUGCCUCUGGCCAGGCUUUUGAGCUGAUCUUAAAGCCUCCAUCGCCUGUCUCAGAAGCCCCUCGAACUUUAGCUUCUCCAAAGAAGAAAGACCUGUCCCUGGAGGAGAUCCAGAAAAAACUGGAAGCUGCCGAGGAAAGAAGAAAGUCUCAAGAGGCCCAGGUGCUGAAGCAGUUGGCGGAGAAGCGGGAACACGAGCGAGAAGUCCUGCAGAAGGCCCUGGAGGAGAACAACAAUUUCAGCAAGAUGGCGGAGGAAAAGCUGAUUCUGAAAAUGGAGCAAAUUAAGGAGAACCGUGAGGCGAAUCUAGCUGCUAUUAUUGAACGUCUUCAGGAAAAGGAGAGGCACGCCGCGGAGGUGCGCAGGAACAAGGAGCUCCAGGUUGAACUGUCUGGCUGAGGGGAUGGAGGAGAUGACACGCCCACUACUAGUAACUCCCCCUGCCUAUAUUAUAACGGAUCAUGUGAUAUCAGUAUGGGAAGUGUAUGACAUGGUUUAAAAAAAGAAAAGAACUCAUUAUAAAAAAUCAAAAAUACUAAUAAAAAAGUCAAUGCGGUCUCUUUGCAGAAUGUUUUGCUUGAUGUUUAAAAAAUUACCUUGGAUCUUAUUUUGUAAAUACUUACAUUUUUGUUAAAAAAUACAAGUAUUGCAUUAUGCAAGUUAUUUCAUAAUCUUACAUGUCCUGUAACAGGCUUUUGAUGUUGUGUCUUUCCACUCAAAUGAAUUUGCUAAGUCUGUUCUUCUUGAAGCUCCCCACGUCGAACUCCAUCCCCUGCCCUUUUCAUUCCAACAGAAAAAUGAGGUCAAUAGACAGUCCAUGGUGCUAGCAGCCCACCAUUGCCUAAUGACCUAAACAACUUUGCCAACCCUGAGCUUGAUGCAAACCAUCCUAGAUCGCCCCAGGUAUGAUCGCGCUGUCGGAAACCCCACAUUUGUUGACUCACCAUCUACUCAACCCGUUAGAAACCACAAUACCAGGCUAAGGAAAACCCCCAUGAUAGCGUUUCCUUCUGCUUCUCCUGGAUGCUGUGCUACAAGUGUGCUCUGGCUUUAGAAAGGGAUGGAUGAGAGGGCAGAUCUCAAUCUGGGUAGAAGCACAAAACUGUCCCUUUGACGGCGCUGAACCCAAACCCAAAUGGUGUACGCAGCCGCAAAGGAACGAACGUUCUUCAUGAAGUGGGCUUAAUUCUCUACUCUUAAGUUCUGUUGGUAGAAUGAACUCAUUCAUGUGUCGGGUGGCUUAUUUGUGGGUGCCAUGAUCGAUGAUGUUCAUGUGAAGUCUGACCUGUAGUACAAGUCGAUGACUAGGCUGAAUAUCCUUCCGCUUGGAAACUGCGAGCCAACAAAUCAAACGCACUGUGGACUUUUCAUUCAAGCUGGUCUUUCCUCCCCAGUGUGAGGCAACCCUGCCCCUUCCAGAAAUAACUACUUCCGUCCGAGGGCUGAUGCAGGGCAGGGGGCCAGGCAGGGCAUUCAUGCCAAUCAAGAGACCCACCAGAUACCCACUAUGAAGGAACUAGUCUCCGUUUUGAAGUCGAUCCCCCACCCCCCAACUCCUGAACGUUGCUGCCUGCAUAUUUACUCUUCAUUAGUGCUAUUUUCCUGUAUGUCAUUGUGAGCAAGCUGUGAUUAAUAAAGAAUUGGAGUUCUGUGAACUAAUAAA